ACAUGACACCAGAGUUUGAUUCAAGUAAAACUCAAACACACCACAGGAACGGAAAUAGAAAAUAUUUAGCCGAUUGCCCGUACCGAUGUUUGUUUCAUGACUUCUUACAGUGUCAGACUCCCACAAUGCAACAUGAUCUCUAAUGUUUGACAUAAAAACAAGCCAGAGUUUGUCCAACAGGUGACCUCACCUACCCAAUAAAAAAACUCUUCUCUGAGUCAGUUAGCUGAGCUCGAUGUCAGCGUUAAAUCGAUUUGGAGAAAAGAUAAAGAUAUCAUGCCAAUGAAAACUCAGGAACUAUCUCUGCACAUAAAGCUGCUGGUCUUCUUUUAAAGUUCUAUCUUUGGGCUUUUUCUGCCUUUACUUUCAGAGACAGGAGUGGAUGGACACAGGUCGGAUUCGAACCCGGCUACCUGCAGCCCUGUUUUUAGUUAUUUUAUGAUCCAAAAUUCUCUGAAAUCAUUCGUCCCACAUCAGUAUACGAAGGCCGAGCGGGAACACGAGUCAUGUAGCAGGUUUAACAAAAGUAAGAAACAAAAGAGCUUGAAAGCCUUAAAGGGUUAAUUUUCCAAUUGUUACAAACAAGCCUGCAGGUUGAAUCAUGAUUAAAAAAAAACAUGAAUCAUGAAGUGAAUCACACAAACGCACACGGAGCAUGACUUUGACAGCCUGAUUCAUCGCUCUCAUUACAUCAUCGAUUUCUCCGUUUCUCGCCCGUUUCCUCGUCGUUUCAUGUUGUGUAGGUUGCUGCGGCGGCUCUGAAGGAGCAUCAUCCAUCAUGCUUUCACUCCUGCAGCUGAAGUGAAGCAGAACAGAGUCAGAGGACGAGCACGUUGGUUCUCCACCUUCACCUGAAACACAGUCAUUAAACAGGUACAUAUGGGUCAGGGGGAGGUGUCAUCUGGAGGAUUAGUGAUGGAGGGCGAUUGCCUCGGCUGUAUGAAGUACCUCAUGUUCAUCUUUAACUUCUUCAUCUUCCUGGGGGGCUCCUUCCUGCUCGGUGUUGGCGUCUGGGUGCUGGUGGACCCGAUGGGCUUCAGGGAGAUCGUGGCGGCGAACCCGCUGCUCUUCACGGGCGUCUACGUCAUCCUGGCGAUGGGCGGCAUGCUGUUCCUGCUCGGCUUCCUGGGCUGCUGCGGCGCCAUCAGGGAGAACAAAUGUCUGCUGCUCUUUUUCUUCAUGCUCAUCCUCUUCAUCUUCCUGGCCGAGCUGGCUGCCGCCGUCCUCGCCUUCCUCUUCAGGGAACACUUAACCAGAGAGUACUUCAGCCGGGAUCUUAAGCGUCACUAUCAGGGUAACAACAACACGGACGUCUUCUCGUCCACCUGGAACGCCAUCAUGACCACGUUCGAUUGUUGCGGCGUCGUCGGCCCAGAGGAUUUCGAGGAGAGUCUGUUCCGCCUGCUGAACCCGGCCCAGCUGGUCCCUGAGGCCUGCUGUCAUAGGAGCAGCUACGUCAGCGUGGAGCAGUGUGUGAGUGGAGGCCCGACCUUCAGACACAACAAGGGCUGUUACUCUGCGAUGGUGGAACACUUUGAGACGUACAUCUACACAGCUGGAGCUCUGUCCAUCGUUGUGCUGACGGUUGAACUCUUCGCCAUGGGGUUCGCCAUGUGUUUGUUCAGAGGAAUCCAGUGACGCUGCGUCCUCACCGCUCACCUUGCCCAGCCGCCUGACCCAGCUCAGAGAACCUGUAAAUUAUGAAGCGUUGUUUGUACAGUAAUCACGUGUCUCGUCGGUUUUGUGACAUCGUUUGUACCUCACCGCUGCUUCACAUCGACAGAAACAGGGAGUGACCUGUGACCUGAGGGGGCGGAGUCAGUCUGGUGUUUCUCCUAAAGGAAGGAUGAACAAAGGUCCUACAGAGGAUCUAGAAAAACCAAAUGCAAACUUGAGUCACAGAUUGUAGUAAACUAGAUCGUGGUUACCACCUGAUUAUAACCUGGAUUUAGCCUCUUCAGGGUCGAGGAGAGUCUGCACCGAAUGAUUUGGGUACAUUCAGCACAUUAAACCCACAGCGAGCCUCCUUCAGUCAGAUCUACGUGAACGCAUCGGGCCUCAUGCAGGAAACCGUUUUUACUGUCAGGAUUAUCUGCUCCAAGUCGGAUUAAACAAAAAACAACAAUCUGUAACUCCUCCUCCUUCAGUCGUUUCAAAGUCGAUCUAAUAGAACAAUAACCUCCAACAGGGAGAAUGGCGUCUCUCUCGUGUCCCCGCUCGCCUGUUUUCAGCGCUAUGUGACUUUGUCAGCGGGUCGAGGUUGUCUGGUGAGAAGUGCGUACGUCUUUACGGUGCUAGUUCACACAGCAGCCUUCAGCUACAAAGCAGCCAGUUAGCCCGUCUCUGUACUGUUUGAUACGACGACUGAGAGA